AUGGCGGCGGUGACGGCGACACCGUGGUCGGACGGGCGGUUAUUCCCAUACUGGUCCCAGUUCUCCCCGUACUGGUCCCAGUUAUUCCCGUACUGGUCCCAGUUGCCCCGUAUUGGUCCCAGUUGCCCCAUGCUGGUCCCAGUUGUCCCGUACUGGUCCCAGUUGCCCCUUCUCCCCGUGCUGGGGCAGCGGGACCCGGGGCGGGCGGGGCGUGGUCGGGGCGUGGCCUCGCGGGGGCGUGUCCGGGGGCGUGGCCUCACGGACCGUUACGGCCGUUGGAUUUCAAACCCUUCGCAGCGCGGGGGGGCCCAGGCCACGCCCCCUCCGCCGUCUCUUGACCGACGUCCCCUACAGCCAAUCAGCGCCCGGCGUCCCGGCGCGGGGCCCAAUGAGCGGCCGCGCGCGCUCCGCCGACCCCGCCCCCCGGAGGAGAAGUCCGAGGAGAACCUGCAGCGGCCGCCCAAGGCCAAGAAGCCCAAGAAGGAGCGCAAGGAGCCGGAGCAGCCUGCGGCCGAGCCCGCCGAGGCUGGCAAGGCCGAGAGCUCGGAGGGGGCCGGGGCGGCGCCGGCGGCCCCGGAGGCGUCGGCGUCGCCGAAGCAGCGGCGCUCCAUCAUCCGCGACCGCGGGCCCAUGUACGACGACCCCACGCUGCCCGAGGGCUGGACGCGCAAGCUGAAGCAGCGCAAGUCCGGCCGCUCGGCCGGCAAGUACGACGUCUACCUGAUCAACCCGCAGGGAAAAGCCUUCCGCUCCAAGGUGGAGCUGAUCGCCUACUUCGAGAAGGUGGGGGACACCUCGCUGGACCCCAACGACUUCGACUUCACCGUGACCGGCCGGGGCAGCCCGUCGCGCCGCGAGCAGCGCCCGCCCAAGAAGCCCAAAUCGCCCAAAGGCCCCGGCACCGGCCGCGGCCGGGGGCGGCCCAAGGGCAGCGGCGGCGGCGGCGGCGGCGCCCGGCCCAAGGCGGCCGCCGCCGUGUCCGAGGGGGGCUCCGCGGCCAAGCGGGCGCUGGAGAAGCCGCCGGGCAAGCUGCUGGUCAAGAUGCCGUUCUCCCCGGGCCAGCCGGGCCCCGCUGCCCCGCCGGCCCCGCGGCGGCCGGGCCGCAAGCGCCGGGCCGAGCCGGACAGUCCGGCCGUGCCCAAGAAACGCGGGCGCAAACCGGCGGGGGCGGCGGGGCCGGGGGGGCCGGGCGGCCCCGACAAGAAGGCGACGACUCCCCCGGCCGUGCAGGAGACCGUGCUGCCCAUCAAGAAGAGGAAGACGAGGGAGACGGUGGUGGUGGAACCGGUGACGACGGCGGGCGCCGCGACCGCCACGACGACGACGCCGCGGCCGCCGCCGACCCCGCCGGGCCCCCGCGGCCCCCGCAGCGCCCGCAGCCCCGGCCGGCGCAGCAAGGAGGGCAGCCCCAAGGGUGCCCCCCCCGCCCUCGGGAGCGCCCCGGAAGCUCUGACGUCACCCCACGACGCCAUUCUCACGUACGACGUCAUCGCCCCGAUGACGUCAUCGUUCAGGCCCCGCCCCUUUGCCACCCCCGGUUCCGCCACGCUCAAGAUGGCGGCGGGGGCGGGGCCUGGGCGGGACCUCCCGGCGCCGCAGCCGUUACGCGCCACCAUCCGGGAACUGGCGGGCGCCAUCUUUGUGGCGGGUGGAGGAGACGCGUCCAAAAUGGCGGCUCCCAAGCGCCAGUAG